GUCGCGCUCGCGCUCUACACCGACGACGCGGUCGCCUGGUACGAGAACGACGGCGCCAUGUCCUUCGCCGAGCACGUCGUCGCCGACGGCAAGGACGGGCCCGCGUUCGUCUUCGGCGAGGACGUCGACGGCGACGGCGACGUCGACGUCCUCACCGCGGCGUCGAAGGACGACACGCUGCUCUGGUACGAGAACGUACACGCCGACGACGCCGCCGAGCCCGGGGCCCAGCGCGGCACCGUCGGCCGCGCCGUCGACGCUUCCGAGCGCCGCGCCGAGCGCGUCUCCGACGGCCGCUCCGAGCUCGGCGCCGUCGGCGGCACCGAGCUUUCCGCCGUCCCCAAGUCCCACGGCGACUCCCACGGCGUCGCCGUCGGCCGCGCCGUCGACGAGCCCUACGGGGAGUUCUACCUACCCCUACCUACCUACCGCAAGUACAUCCGCGACAUCAACGAGGCGACGUGGCGGUCGCUCAAGGUCGACGAGGGCCGCGGCGACGAGGGCGACACGCUCUUGCCGGCGGCAGCGCCCUCGGCCGCGGCCGCGACGUCCGCGGCGCCCUCGGCUGCGACGCCGAAGCCGAAGCCGAAGCCGAAGCGCCGAGGCUGGUUCUUCGGCCGGCUCAGGGCGACGAAGGCGAAGAAGAAGAAUGUCGGCGCGCCGAACCGCGUCGAGGACGCGACGGGCCUCGAGGGCGAGGGCGACGUCGACGAGGGCGAGGGCGACGUCGACGAGGGCGAGCGCGACGGCUCCGCGUCGGCAGCUCCGUCGCUUCUCGGGCGCGUCGGGCGCCUGCUCAAGUCUGCCUGGGCGACGACUCGUCGCGCGUCGACGGACGGCGUCGACAAGGGCGAGGGCUCGGUCGAGGGCUCGUUCGGCGACACGGGCGACGUCGGCGACGGGCGUCCCGCGAAACUCAUCGACCCGAAGCCCAUCGUCGCCGUGAUCGAAGCAGCCUUCCCCGGUGUCGUGGAGGCGCGCGACGGCGUCGUCUACGGCCUCGGCGACGGCGGCAACGAGCGCAAGGAGAUAGACGAGAGCCACGUCGACGCGCCAGUCUCG